AUGCCUCGUGAGGUGGACAUAUCGAACAUUGAGAGGAACUUCAUCCUCCAAGCUCUGGAACAGGAUGUCCGCGUCGAUGGUCGGCGCCUGGAUCAAUUCAGAGACCUUGACCUAGAGUUUGGGCUUGAGUAUGGAACAACAACCCUGCGUCUAGGCAAAACAAGAGUCCAUGUCCAGAUAUCGGCGGAAGUGACGAAGCCCCUGGAAGAACGCAAGUUCGAGGGCAUCUUUACUAUCGUGACCGAACUCAGUCCUAUCGCGUCUCCUGCGUAUGAAGUUGGCAGGUUCACUGAGCAGGAGGUGAUCCUCUCGCGAUUACUGGAAAAAGCCAUACGUCGAUCCAACGCGCUCGACACGGAAUCAUUAUGCAUUAUUGCAGGAGCCAAGUGCUGGUCUAUCAGAGCCGACGUCCAUGUCUUGGACUCUGACGGCGGAUUGAUUGAUGCCUCUUGCAUUGCCAUUGUCGCAGCAUUGCGACACUUUCGACGACCCGAUGUGUCGGUUGAUGGAGAGAAUGUGACCAUCUACACCAUGGCCGAACGAGUUCCCGUACCAUUGAGUAUGAUGCACAAUCCAGUGUGUAUCACUUUCAGCUUCUACCACGACGGAGAGACCGUGUUGUUGGAUGCAACGCGCAGUGAAGAACAGGUCCGGGAGGCAGAAAUGGUUCUUACGGUCAACGACUUCGAAUUGUGUCAGGUCGCGAAAUUGGGCGGGAACGCCAUUGAUGCCUUGGUCCUUCUCAAAUGUACUAGUACAGCCUUGGCCAAAGGAAAAGAAAUCAACGGCUUUGUGGCAAAGAAGCUGGCGGAGGAUGCGACUAAACGCGAUAUUGGCGGUUUGAUAGCUGAAUUACGCGCUGAGAAUGAGAGAUGA